AAAUUUGUCAUCAUGCCUAUUCUUUAUACUUCAUUGUAACCCUUCUCUAACAUUUUGAUAAUACCUAUUGCUUAGGUACACUAGGUUCUAGGGCCUUGACUUAAUAACACACCUCGAUAGUAUAAAGACACCUCAUGUAACUUCCUAUAUAGGUAAAUAAUAAGGUACCUAACGACAUACAUAUUCUAAUUACUUAGUUCAAAAGAGCUUGGAUAUGUAUUAGUUACCUAGUAAUAACUAGCUAGCUCCGACAACUUCGCUUACGUUGAAUGGUAAGGAACUUUGGACAUCAUUGGGUAAUCUAAUAGUAGGUAAACCAGUUCCUAUUGAUAUAGUUAGGUACACAUACAUAUAUCUCGAAAUUAGCGCAAUCUUUUGGAUAAUUUGGACAGAUGAUUUCCAACGAAAGAAACUGCAUAAAAAGUCAGUAUACGUAGAAUAUGAAACGGUCGCUAUGGCAACUUGAAUACUGACAUACUGACCGACACUUUAUUUGUCAACAACUGUUAAAAUGGAUAAAUAGCCGAGUGUUAUAAUUGUUACCCGUUUUUAACAUGUUAUUCUAAGCGUUCUGGUUAUGUCUGGGUCCAUAGAGUGUGUGGAACUAAAAAACCUUAAUUUACUAUGCUGAAAAUGAUCUACGAAACCCCCCCUACAAUGUAUUGAGCAUAAUGCCUUACCACCACGCCACCGUGGACCCAAUCGUGGCUGGUCGAGUACUAGUAUAUGAUUUAAUUUUGUCACUAAUGAUUUCACGGCAAUCAUUAACCGAUUUAAGGCUGCAUGAAACAACAUCAAGCAGUGCGAAAUGUUCGCAACAAGGACUCCUAGAGUCAGCAGCAAGUGACACAACAACUGCCAUACUCGCUGAUCAGAGCUCGGACAAGUGGGACUGCCUCUCAGUCACGCCUCCCGUCACGAUGUCCACUUCAUUCAAACAACCAGGCCCUAGUCAAUCUAAGGCCUGUGUUUAUUCAAAAGCAGGAAAUCCAUCGAGGAAUACUUUGGAAGGCUGUUUUGCAGCAUUAGAAGGAGCAAAACAUUGCUUUACUUUCGCUUCUGGCAUGGGAGCAAUCACCACCGCCAUCUUGCUCCUCAAAAAAGGCCAGCAUAUGGUUGUAAUGAACGACGUCGACGGCGCAACACGUAGCCUUUUUAGUAAAAGUAACAAAAUGGACAUUGAAGUAACAUUUACGGAUUUAUCAGUCCCUGGAAAUUUAGAGAAAUCCAUCAAAUCAAAUACUAAGAUGGUUUUCUUUGAGACGCCAACAAACCCCGUCCUGAAAGUUAUUGACAUUGCUGCGGUCGCCAAAGCAGCUAAAAGUCGUGGUGAUAUAAUAGUCGUCGUGGAUAACACAUUCCUUACACCUUACUUGCAAAAGCCUUUGAAAUUCGGCGCCGACGUAGUUCUGUACUCUAUAACAAAGUAUUUAACUGGCCUCACUGAUGUUGUGAUGGGUGCAAUCCUUGUUAACGAUGACAUAAUAGCGGAUAAGCUUAAACAUUUACAAUGCGUGGCGGGAAUCGUGCCGUCUCCGUUCGAUUGUUAUAUGGUUAACAGAAGUUUGAAAACAUUGCCUUUGCGUAUGGAGCGGCACAAGGAGUCAGCCUUGCUUGUAGCUGGCUGGUUAGAUAUGCAUCCUAAGAUUGUUGAAGUACUGCACCCAGGGCUUCCGACGCACCCGAAUCAUGACCUUGGCAGAAGGCAAAUGAGUGGUCAUUCGGGAGUCUUUAGUUUUAGGCAUUGCGGUGGUCUAAAAGAGUCGAAGAAGUUUUUAUACGCUCUCAAAGUUUUUACUCUGUCUGUGAGUUUGGGAGGAUAUGAGAGCUUGGCGGAAAUACCAUCGUUGAUGACGCAUGCCUUCAUCCCGGAAAAAGAAAGGCUUGCGCUUGGUAUUACAAAUUCGCUCGUAAGGAUUUCAGUAGGCUUGGAAGAUGUUUUGGACCUUUUAGAAGACUUGGACAGAGCACUCAGAAUAGCAUUUGGAUAAUAUUACUAAAAUGCGGUCAGUUGAAAUGAAUACAAAAUCUUACAUCAGCACGGCUUUAAGACGAAGUCUUGUUAGAACGUAAAUUGAAACUAAAAUGACUCAUUCAAAUGCAUUUAUUGAGAUAAAAUCGUUUUAUUUCUUAAAAUUAAGUUAAAUGUAAAACAUGAUUAAAACCGCUUAUAAACUA